CGGGGCGCCGGGGGCGAGGAGCAGUGCCGGGUGCCCCGUUCCGAGCCGUGUGCCCGUGUUUCGCUGCCGCCGAGGGCUGCGGGCAGGAGCAGCGAGCCGAGCCUGGGCACAGCGAAGCGCGUAGGAGUCCCCACCCGGAAGAGUUUGUCCGGCGGGGCCGGGGAGGGAGGAAUCCGAUCCCUCCUUUUCCCAGGCUGGGAUCCCGGCGCGCUCGGCUCUCCGUGGCCUCGGCCGGCUCCCCGCUGCCGAGCCCCCCCAGCGCGGCUCUGGCCCCCCGCUCGUCCCGCCGGGCCGGGGAGGGUCCCGCAGCAGCGAUUCGCGACGUCUCCUCUUUGUCUGCGGCUCGGAAAGCUCCAGUUGCUGUGGUAUCCAGGGAGCCCUCCUCCUCCUCCUCCUCCUCCUCCUCCCGCUGCAGGAGCUGCACGCCGGGCGUUGCUAAGGUCGCCUCCGCGGUAACAUGCACAUCCUGUUUACACCUUCAUCCCGACAACUUGGGCUCGGAUAGAGCCGCCCGUUCCCCCCGGGAAGCCCCCAGGGAAGGGAGCAUCCCCCCCGGAGCCGCCGGAGCGGCGAGCAAGGCCGCGCCAGGAGCGCCGCGCCGGUGGCACCGUCACUGUGACAAGAUGACGAACAACGUGGCCGACCACCACCCCGGGAACUCGGUGGCCGAGGGCAACCAUGAGGGGGACUUUGGGUGCUCCUUGGUGGAGCUCAGGAACCUCAUGGAGGUGAGGAGCGCCGAGGCCGUGGCCCGGAUCAACGACUCCUAUGGCGGCGUCCAGAACGUCUGCAAGAGGUUGAAGACGUCGCCGGUCGAAGGCCUGUCUGGGAACCCCACGGACCUGGAGAAGCGGCGUCAGGUCUUCGGCCAGAACUUCAUCCCCCCCAAGAAGGCCAAGACGUUCGUGCAGCUGGUGUGGGAGGCGCUGCAGGACGUGACGCUGAUCAUCCUGGAGAUCGCAGCCAUCAUCUCCCUGGGGCUCUCCUUCUACCACCCCCCGGGCGGGGACAACGAGCUGUGCGGGCAGUCCUCGGGCGGCGUGGAGGACGAGGGCGAGGCGCAGGCGGGCUGGAUCGAGGGCGCUGCCAUCCUGUUCUCCGUCAUCAUCGUGGUGCUGGUGACGGCCUUCAACGACUGGAGCAAGGAGAAGCAGUUCCGCGGCCUCCAGAGCCGCAUCGAGCAGGAGCAGAAGUUCACGGUGAUCCGCAAGGGCCAGGUGAUCCAGAUCCCCGUGGCCGAGAUCGUGGUGGGGGACAUCGCCCAGAUCAAGUACGGUGAUCUCCUGCCUGCGGACGGGAUCCUGAUCCAGGGCAAUGACCUGAAGAUAGACGAGAGCUCUCUGACCGGGGAGUCAGACCAGGUGAAGAAAUCCAUGGAUAAAGACCCCAUGCUGCUGUCAGGUACCCACGUGAUGGAGGGCUCGGGCAGGAUGGUGGUGACUGCCGUGGGCAUCAACUCCCAGACAGGGAUCAUCUUCACCCUCCUGGGAGCAGGAGAAGGUGACGAGGAGAAGAAAGUGAAGAAAGGUAAAAAAAGCGGAGCCCCCGAAAACCGCAACAAAGCUAAAACUCAGGAUGGUGUGGCCUUAGAGAUCCAGCCCCUGAAGAGCCAGGAGGGGGUGGAGAACGAGGAGAAGGAGAAGAAGAAGGUGAAGGUGCCCAAGAAGGAGAAGUCGGUGCUGCAGGGGAAGCUCACGCGCCUGGCGGUGCAGAUUGGGAAGGCAGGGCUGAUCAUGUCGGCCAUCACCGUCAUCAUCUUGGUGCUCUACUUCGUCAUCGACACCUUCGGGGUGCAGAAGCGGCCCUGGCUGGCCGAGUGCACCCCCAUCUACAUCCAGUACUUCGUCAAGUUCUUCAUCAUCGGCGUCACCGUGCUGGUGGUGGCCGUGCCCGAGGGGCUCCCGCUGGCCGUCACCAUCUCGCUGGCCUACUCCGUCAAGAAAAUGAUGAAGGACAACAACCUGGUGAGGCACCUGGACGCCUGCGAGACCAUGGGCAACGCCACGGCCAUCUGCUCGGACAAGACGGGCACGCUGACCAUGAACCGCAUGACCGUGGUGCAGGCCUACGUGGGGGACACCCACUACCGCCAGAUCCCCGACCCCGAGGCCAUCCUGCCCAAAACCCUGGACCUCAUCGUCCACGGCGUGGCCAUCAACUCUGCCUACACCUCCAAAAUCCUGCCACCAGAGAAGGAAGGGGGGCUGCCCCGCCAGGUGGGCAACAAGACCGAGUGUGCCCUGCUGGGCUUCGUGCUGGACCUGAAGCAGGAUUACCAGGCUGUGCGCAACGAGGUGCCCGAGGAGAAGCUCUACAAGGUGUACACCUUCAACUCGGUGCGCAAGUCCAUGAGCACGGUGCUGAGGAGCAGCGGCGGCGGCUUCCGCAUGUACAGCAAGGGCGCCUCCGAGAUCAUCCUGCGCAAGUGCACCAAGAUCCUGGACAAGAACGGCGAGCCGCGGCUGUUCAAGGUGAAGGACAGGGACGAGAUGGUGAAGAAGGUGAUCGAGCCCAUGGCCUGCCACGGGCUCAGGACCAUCUGCCUGGCAUUCCGGGAUUUCCCUGCGGAUGCAGAGCCCGACUGGGACAGCGAGAACGAGAUCCUGUCUGAGCUGACCUGCAUCGCUGUGGUGGGGAUCGAGGAUCCCGUGCGGCCCGAGGUGCCCGAUGCCAUCCUGAAGUGCCAGCGCGCGGGCAUCACCGUCCGCAUGGUGACAGGGGACAACAUCAACACUGCCCGGGCCAUCGCCACCAAGUGUGGCAUCCUGCUGCCCGGGGAGGACUUCCUGUGCCUGGAGGGGAAGGAGUUCAACCGGCUCAUCCGCAACGAGAAGGGAGAGGUGGAGCAGGAGCAGCUGGACAAGAUCUGGCCCAAGCUGCGGGUGCUGGCGCGCUCGUCCCCCACCGACAAGCACACCCUGGUGAAAGGAAUCAUCGACAGCACCGUGGGUGACCAGAGGCAGGUGGUGGCUGUGACAGGGGACGGCACCAACGACGGCCCAGCCCUGAAGAAAGCAGACGUUGGGUUUGCCAUGCUGUUUCCCAGCUGUUUCCUGGUGCGGGUGGGACAUGGUGGUGGCAUCAUCGUGGCCUUCACCGGGGCCUGUGUCACACAGGACUCACCCCUGAAGGCCGUGCAGAUGCUGUGGGUGAACCUGAUCAUGGACACGUUCGCCUCGCUGGCGCUGGCCACGGAGCCGCCGUCCGAGUCGCUGCUGCUGCGCAAACCCUACGGGCGCAACAAGCCGCUCAUCUCCCGCACCAUGAUGAAAAACAUCCUGGGCCACGCCGUCUACCAGCUCACCAUCAUCUUCACCCUGCUCUUCGCGGGGGAGAAGUUUUUCGACAUCGACAGCGGCCGGAACGCGCCCCUGCACUCGCCCCCCACCGAGCACUACACCAUCGUCUUCAACACCUUCGUGAUGAUGCAGCUCUUCAACGAGAUCAACGCGCGCAAGAUCCACGGCGAGAGGAACGUCUUCGAGGGCAUCUACCGCAACCCCAUCUUCUGCACCGUGGUGCUGGGCACCUUCUUCGCCCAGGUGACCCCAGCCUGGGCGUCCGGCUGUGCUCCCUGGGCUGUUCCACUGGGAUGCCAUGGCUCCCUGGGCUGUUCUACAUGGGUUAUUCCAUGGCUCCCACUUUGCUCCGUGGGUUAUUCCACGUGGGUUAUUUCACAUGGGUUAUUCCAUGGCUCCCACUUUGCUCCAUGGGUUAUUCCAUGUGGGUUAUUCCAUGGCUUCCACUUUGCCCCAUGGGGGGGUGAAGCUGCUGCCAUCCCUGGCCAGGCUUCCAGCUGCCUUGGGACACAUCCACAGGGCAGCCACGGCCCCACCAGCAGGGUGCUGCAUGCCCAGAGGGGCUGGCACCUCUCCUGCUGCCAUGGGGGCUGUGGGGAGCCCGUGGAGUGUCCCCAAAGUGGCCCCACAGGGCUGAGGCAGCAGGAGCCCUUCCCCACCAGCUGCCCGCUCGCACUCUGCCCACCCUCUCUGCCUCUCUCUGCUCCUCCUGCAGAUUUUUGGAUAACCCCAGGUGUCUCCUGUGCCACUGCCCUUUUCCUGGUGGGGGAUCAGCCCUGCUGCUCUGGCUGCCCUGGGAAGGGCAGAGCUGGGCACCCUCUCUCUGCUGCCCCCCAACACCACCAGCAAAACCCCACGUGGGUUUCGGGGAGCGUGGGGUGGCGGGGGGCUCUUUCCUCCUUCCUCCUCCUCUUCCUCGCCUCUCCAUCCUCCUCCUCCUUCCUUGCUGUGUGUCUGCCCGCCCUCCCCUGGCCCUGGGCCUGUCCCUGUCCCUGUCCCUGGCCGGGUGUCGCUAUCUCACUCUCUGGUUCUUUGCAGAUGGACGUAGUUUACACAUUCCAGACCGGCGCCUCCUCUUUGCAGGGAGCCCUCAGGAGACAGCCUUCCAUCGUGAGCCAGCACCACGAUAUCAAAGUGGUGAAUGCGUUCCGUAGCUCCCUGUACGAAGGCCUCGAGAAACCCGAAUCCAGAAGCUCCAUCCAUAACUUCAUGACUCACCCGGAGUUCAUCCUGGAGGAAGACGAGCCUCGGACACCAUUCCUUGACGGCGCCGAAGACGAGCCCGAGCCCGAGGGACUCCAAAAGCGAGGUGGGGGCAGCCUGGGGGGCCCCACGGCCCUCAACAGGAACAACAACGCCGUGGACAGCGAGUUCAGCUUCCCCGAGCCCGGCAGCCCCUUCCACAGCCUGGAGACCUCUGUUUGACCUUAGAACUUGGGAUUCCCCCUCCUCCUCCUCCUCUUCCUCGUCCACCUGGGCCCUGUGUGAUCCCAGCACCAGUAACUGAUCACACGCUGCGGUCAAACUGCUCAUGCCUGUAUCAUCAGCUGGGGUUUUUGGGGUUUUUUUUUGGGGGGUGGGGGGUUUAAUGUGGUUUUUUUUUCUUUUUGUUUUAUUUUGUUUUUAUUUUUUACCGUUAUUUAGCAGUGGGAAGCAGAGUACCACCACGCUGGGUGUUGGGAGAGAGGCUAAGCCAAAAAAAAAAAACCAAAAAAAAAACCAAAAAAAAGAAACCAAUUGUGCAUCUCCAUCCCUGAUUUUCCGUGGUACUCACCCAGGGGAAGCUGCCAGGUUCUUUCCUCUCCAAGAGUUGGGCUCCAGGCACCUGGAGCCAGGGGGUUUUCACUUUGGAAAAAUGCAUGUUCCAAGGAAAUUCAAAUUGUUGUAGUCUUACACGCCCCCGGCCCGAAGGCUGGGGGUGCACUUGUGACUUGAGUUUAUUUUUUUUUGUGUUUUUUUGUCACACGUGGUUUUUAGGGGUUUUUCUCUUUGAAUGUUGGGGUUUGCUCUUUGCUUGUGGGAUUUGCUCCCCUACCCAGUGGGAAGUGCAGGGGAGGGGCAGUCACUGCUCCAGUGUGAAAAUUAAGGAAUAAACUAAAAAAAUCCCAGCCAGGGGAAGGUGUUUACUCCAAGGUUCAGAGAUCCAGGGAUGCCCACCAGUCUUCCACCUUGAAAAAUGGUACCUGGGCUUCUUCCAGCUCCCCCUCUGUGCGUGCCCACACGUUUUUCUCUCUCUGCUUCCAGACUGGGAGAUGAGAAACGAAGGUGGCUUGGCUCUAAUUUUGCUGGAGGGGAGAAAUUCUGAUUUUCCUGCAAAGGUGGAGGUGAAACUGCCGGGGAAAAGGUGGGGAGAGCCCCCCAGUUGUGAGGGAUGCAGCUUCUUCCUGAGGAAUUCUCUAGGAAUCCUCUCCUCCUCCUCUAGGAGAGGCCUCUCUGCUGCUCUGGUCAGGGGGAAACUUGGGGAGAGGAUUUUUGCAGCUCUCCCAGCUCCUGCCCUCCAGAGCAGAGAGAUGUUUUCCCUUUUUUUGUGUGCUCUUGGGGUCCAGCACCCCUGAGCCUCGCAGGGAUGUGGGAGGAGGCUCCAGCCAUGCCCAAAAGCUGUGGGAGGCUGAGUGGGAACCUCCUGGAUCCUGGGAGGGAUCAACCCAGCUGUCUCCUGGAUGAUCCCAGAUUUCCCUGCAGGUUUGGCUUGGCUGGCUGCAGGUCUCCCAGAGAAGGGGAUCCCAGGUUUCCCUGCAGGUUUGGCUUGGCUGGCUGCAGGUCUCCCAGAGAAGGGGAUCCCAGGUUUCCCUGCAGGUUUGGCUUGGCUGGCUGCAGUCUCCCAGAGGUGAUCCCAGAUUUCCCUGCAGGUUUGGUUUGGCUGGCUGCAGGUCUCCCAGAGAAGGUGAUCCCAGAUUUCCCUGCAGGUUUGGCUUGGCUGGCUGCAGUCUCCCAGAGAAGGAGCUGCUGCAGGCUCAGCCUCACCUGGCUGCUUUUUUUUGGAGGUCAUCUCCUCCCCUUGGGCCCUGCCUCACCUCCAGCCCUGGGAAGAGCCCAGGGAGAGUCCCUUUCCUUGGAGCUGCCUCUGGAUUGUCCCUCUGGCCGUCCCUGGAGCAGGAGGCAGGGCUGGGGCUCCUCCUUCCUCCCUGCUCUCCUCCAUCCCCUCUGGCUGAGAGCACGAGGCCAUUCCCAGCCCUGGGAUUGCAAACCCUGAGGGAGGGUUUUUUGGGCUUUUUUUGGGGUUUUGUUUUUGGGGAAAGGCUGGCUCUGGCUGGGUUCUCCUCCCCUGUCCUGCCAGGAACGCACAGCGGAUCUCCCGUGCCUUGUCCGAGCACUGCCUGCAGCACCUCCUGCCACGCCAGCCCAGAUCUUUGCCAAGAUUUAAGUGUUCCUUAAACCACAACGCAAACCCAGCGUCGCCGUGUCCUUCCCUGGGCUGGGAGGAGGAGGAGGAGGAGGGAAGGACGAGCUCCUUUUUCCUUUUUCCUGCUGAGGAAAGGUCUUUAUCCCAAAAAUCCCAAAUAUCCUGAAUGUCCCGAGUGUCCCGCCCUGGUGCUGGCGAGCUGGGCUUUGUUCACUGCCAACAGCAAGAGGAAAAUGCCACCACUGCCCGUCCCCAGUGCAAAUUCAGUGUCCACCCCGUGCCCUCCUGGCCUCCCUCCCCCCAAAAACAACCCAGGGGAGCGAGGGGACCUUGGGUUCAACACCAACAAAAAAAGCCCCAAACGAGGGGUGGUUGUGGGGUUUUGGUUCUGUGCUAAAGGUGACGUUGCUUAAAAAAAAAAACAAAAAAAAAAUCACUUUUUCUAUUUUAAAUACUUGCAAAAAAAAACAAAAAAAAAAAGAGAAGAUAUGGUGUUCUUACAAGCUUACAUAAAUAUUUAUUAAAUACUUUUCGGGGGGAUGCACCAAUAUUUUUUUUUUCCUUUUGAUAUUUUUUUUAAUACCUCAGACCUGUUGAAAAAAAAAGAAAUAAAAAAAAUAAAAGAAAGACUCAAACCAACAACAACUUCAAGCCAACUUUGGAGGCUCUCAAAGUCACUCCCAGAAAUCUGUGACUGGCAGGGUUUGCCACAAGGGUCUGGUCGUUCCUUUAGUUUGCUCUAUUUUUGUCGUUCUAGUUUCCAUUUUAGGAGUGGGGGGAGGGAGAAAUAGUGCUAUAUAAAUAUUAUGCAAAAAAAAAAAAGAAAAAAAAAGAAAAAGAAAAAAAAUCUAGUUUUCUUUAGCUCAGAAACUGAUAUUUUUACGUCAGCCAUAUGUAUUUUGUUUAAA